ACAAACACCAUCGAGAUCUCACUGCAACAACGAGAAUGAGGAAAGUUAUGCAAUCUUCUUCGUUUCAAUCUCUCGUCAAGCAAUCACAGCGUGCCCGAUUGUUGUUCUCAGUAUCCGGAGCUUAUUUCUAUCAGGCGUGACAUCGUAGCAGAAACCAGUCGCUAUUGGUCGUGAACGCGAGCUUUAGUAUCGUACACUGUUCACCGUCCAAUGAAGAGUCAAGCCACGUCCCCUCGGUUCAUCACGCCUACCGGGGACGAGGCUGGUUCGUGACGGCGUGGUUCGCGUCAUCGCGACGUACCAAGCUUCCACCAGGUCCGGAGUUGAUCCCGAGGCCCAGUCAUCCGAAAACACUUAGUGGCGCAUCAGUGCAACGUCUGCCAAGUGGCAAGUCUAAAUAAUUGACCCCACCGUUCGUGCAAACAAUUUACAUCGGGCACACGUAAAUAACGGCCUCUUUCCUCCUUAUUGUGAUUACGCUUGGAAACGCGUGGCCGCCACACGAAUUCGUCCACGACGUGUGGGAACGGCCGAUGCAGCAAACAUAAACGGUAAAUACAGCGAAACUCGAUCGUGUUCGUAGUUGCGAUUGAUAGUGAGAGUGACAAGGACACUAUACGUACGAAAUUAUUGUUGGAAGACAUUAAAAAUUUUACGAAUCAUUUUUUCAAUUAUAUUUACCGUGGUACGAAAUACGUUGGAAUUGGAAUUCGUGAAAUUAUUGUGAUUAGAGUAGCAUAGAUUAUACAACUGUUUAGAUUUCUAAGGAUAUUUAUCUGCAGUGAGGUGAAUGGACUAUAGUUGUGAGUUUUAGAAUGUUCGCUACAGCGUGACGGCUGGUUUCGACGGAUUUCAUGGAUCAAACGGUAAUCGUCCCGUCGACUCCUCGCGGAAGCAACGUGGACAACGCGAGAGUCACGAUGAAGAACGAAAGUGACUCGAAUCUACAUAUCCAAGAUCAAUCUACCGUAGCUCAUUCCAAUUCCACAUCGGUGGUACCUCGAACCAAUUUGUCGAUGUCCAAUAGUCUGAACCAAGAUCAGAGUUUAGAUCCGUUGAUGUGUAACCCUGCCAGUACAGAGUUACCUAGGAAGCCUGGAGCGCGGCGCCAAGAGAAACCUCCGUACUCUUACAUAGCGCUGAUCGUAAUGGCGAUUCAGGCGAGUCCAGGAAAGAGAUUAACCCUUUCAGAGAUCUACUCGUUCCUACAGCAACAUUUUCCCUUUUUCCGUGGCGCUUAUCAAGGCUGGAAGAACUCAGUGCGCCAUAAUUUGAGCUUGAACGAGUGUUUUAUCAAGCUUCCAAAGGGUUUAGGAAGACCAGGUAAAGGUCACUACUGGACGAUCGAUCCUUCGACAGAGUAUAUGUUUGAAGAAGGAAGCUUUCGUCGACGACCACGAGGUUUCCGUCGCAAGUGCCAAGCCUUGAAGCCUCAGUAUCCUCAAUACUUUUCUGCGAGUGGUCCAGUAGGCGUCCAGACUCCCGGAUACGAAAAUUUAACACCUGGAGCCAUGGAAUACGCGAAUGGAUAUCAAAAUCAGUAUCAAAAUUAUCAAGAAUAUGCGAUGUACGCAGCACCUGGUGCCGCGGUCUCUGCUGAUUGGUCCUAUCCUGAGGCCACAUACAAGACACCGCCCAUAUCGGAAGUAACAUACAAGACGACGGAAGUCACAUACAAAACUGGAGAACCGUCUGUAUACAGAAACGGAGAAAUAGUAGCGUUUAAGAGCGAGCCUGGAUAUGCGGCGAGGAGUCAGGAGCAGUUGACGUACAGAGCUACGGACGGGUUCUCCGUGAAAGAUCAUCAACAGCAUCAUCCAGAGACGGUUUAUAAGGAGAAUGAAACUAUGAUGACCUAUAAGUGCCCGUCUAAUCCCGCACCGACUACUCAAGCACCUGGACAAGAUUACUACGUUGGUUACGGACUCGCCGGAGUCAACAAUACUGGAAGCAACGUGAACGUCGCUAUGCAGGGAAUCCCAGAACAGACAGGCAACAACAGUCCCGUAGGAAACGUCAGUUCGCCGCACAGUGGGUGCCAGACACCUGUAACGGAUAAUGGUAUAAAGAUGCAAUGCUCGAAUUCCAAUUCAAACAGUUCUGGAGGUGGACUCAUUGAUCGCAAACCAUCCUAUUUUGGUCAUCCGGCCGGAUCGGUUACUUUGAGCUCGUUAAGCUCUCUAAGCUCGCUUAACUUGAGCAAUAUCGGCAGCUUGAGUAGUGGCUUGAGUAUAUCAAAUAUACCUGGCACAGUUUCGUCGAACAUUCAUCAUACUGCCACAACACCGCCAACGUACUACGAUCAGAUCAAAUACAGUAUGUGAAACGUGUGACUAUCUGAAACAAAGAGGAACAACGUACUUUUUAUCAACGAUGUAACGUUAGUGUUGAUGAAAUUUCGAAACAGUGCGGUAAAACGAAUAUUUAACGAUAUUCACUAUUGAAACUCUAUUGCGAAUGAAAUCUAUUCGAGUGCAAAUGUAAAGUUUGUAAAGAAAAGAAGAAAUCUGUUUUUCAAACGAUCGCUUCGAUAACAGUGUAGAUUGAGAUCCUAUUUAUAUUUAUAAUUACGAAUAAAUGUUACUAAUUUAAGCCGUUCGCCGCGAAUCAAAGAUGUAGAAUUAAAGUACCCUUUGCUAUAAGAAGGAAAAAACAGUAGGAGAAAGUUCUAUGUUGCUUGAAUCACAUUUUGCCGCUUUUUCAUCUUGCUUAGUGGAUCGACGAUGAUACAUUGUGAUUUUGAAAUAGGUAUUUCUACGAAUUAAGACAAUCUAUAACUGCCGAUGAUGUAUCAGAGUGAGUUAAAUAUUAAUCACGUCAAACAAUGGUUUUGCGGUGACGAUAAAGGAUUUGUUGAUAGCAGCAAACUCUCUUUCCUAGUCCCUACUUCUCGUCCAUGAAUUCCGGCUCUUGUUAGCGUCAUCUUGCGUAACAACAUUAUGCUUUUUGUUAGCCCGUAUGACAAAUUGUUAUUAAAGUUUUUACGAUUUUCA